ACGCUUUAUUAAAUUAAGAAGCAACUUAUUUAAAGCAAAAAUAAAAAGGAAUAAGAGGCAGAUUUAUAACUUUAUUGAAAAAAAUAAUUAUUACAUGAGAUUGGGAUUAAAUCAAUGGCAGUCAACUACACUCUGGUGGAUGCGUUCACAGAAUCAGCCUUCAAGGGAAACCCAGCAGCUGUUUGCUUGGUAGACGAGGACAGAGACGAUCAAUGGUUACAAUCGGUGGCAGCCGAGUUCAAUAUCUCCGAGACUAGUUACCUGACCCGGCUGCCAAGUGAGUCGAACUCUGAUGGGUCUUCAACUCCAAGGUUCCGUCUUAGAUGGUUCACUCCCGUUGUUGAGGUUACUCUUUGCGGUCACGCAACAUUAGCAGCUGCCCAUACACUAUUUUCAUCUGGGAAAAUUGAUUCUGAUGUUAUUGAGUUUGUCACCUUGUCAGGAAUUCUAACAGCCAAGAAAGUGGCUCAAAACAACAAGGCCUCUGAUGGUGUAGCGCACAAAGGCUUCUUUGUUGAAUUGAACUUUCCAAGCGAUCCAAUUGCCAUAUUCAAUUCCGUCGAGGUUUCAAUGAUAUCUAACGCCUUGGGUGGUGCUUCAGUUAUUUAUCUAGGAAGAACAACUACUUUGGAUUAUCUCAUUGUUGUGGUCCCAUCAGCAAAAGAUGUUAUAGAUCUUCAACCAAACUUUGAUGCCAUUGGAAAGUUUCCUGGAAACGGAAUGAUAGUGACAGGGAUAGCUCCUUCUGAGUCUGAAUUUGAUUUUUACAGUAGGUGCUUCUUCCCACAAUAUGGGAUCAAUGAGGAUCCUGUUACAGGGAGUGCACAUUGUUCCUUGGCAUCAUACUGGAGUAAAGAGCUGGGAAAGUGUGAUUUUGUUGCAUAUCAGGCAUCACCAAGAGGAGGGGAGUUGAAUAUUCAUUUGGAUGAACAUAACCAAAGAGUGUUUUUGCAAGGAAAAGCCAUUACAGUGAUGGAAGGAAUACUUUUGGCUUAACUAUUUUAAAAUUUGUAUAAGGGUAAAUACUAUUUUAAACUUGUAUUUUGCAAAAGUUAUCGAUAGAAAUAUUAUUUAUUGUUAAAUGAUAAAUUAGACUAUGUUUUCUAAACAAUAUAAAAUAAUAGUUGAAAUUAAUUUUUGUUAAA